UGAAAUUCCGCUUGUUUUGUUACAUUUUCAGGGUAUUUUGGUAUUAUUUCUAACAAUUUGCAUAUUCAAUUCAUUUCUUGCAUUAGAAAAAAUCAUUGUUUCAUCAAUGGUUUGCUUAGUUAUACUACUUCUGAUAUGGUUAACUGAAUUCCCAAAUCAUAGCAGUUAUCAGUUUGUUUUUUGGAACAAACAAAAUUUUUCCGAUCAAAAUAUUUCAUUGCUUGAUCAAAUGGAAAUACUGUGCAGUGAAAUGAGCCUACGAAGUGAUUUACGAUUAUUUUUUACUCUUACCAUUGGAUUUGCUUUCAUCGUAAUUAUGAUCCAAAGUCGUCGAUCAGAAUUGAUUACUCGAUUUGAUUUUAUUUGGAAGUUACAGGCGUUAGAUGAAGGAAAAGAAAUGGAAAAAAGGCAUGCGCAAAAUCGAGCCGUUUUAGAAAAUAUUUUACCGGCGCAUGUCGCCGAAUAUUUUCUCAGAGAAAAUGAAAGGACUGAAUUGUAUUCAGAAGCUCGAGAUAAUGCUGCAAUAGUAUUUAUCACAAUAACUGAAUUUGAUAAAUUUUAUAUGGAAUUAGAUGCUAACAAUGAAGGUGUCGAAUGUUUACGACUUCUCAAUGAGAUUAUCGCUGACUUUGAUAUGCAACUUAGUCGCGAUGAGUUUAAAUGUAUUGAAAAGAUUAAAACAAUCUCGACCACAUAUAUGGCAGCAUCAGGCUUAUUUGGUAAAAUUACCGACCAAUCGCAUGUUGUCGCUGUCGUAUUAUUUGCUAUUCGUCUUUUAGCCCUUAUAAAACAUAUCAAUGAGCAUUCGUUCAAUAAUUUUAACCUUAGGAUAGGUAUCAAUGUUGGUCCGGUAGUAGCAGGCGUUAUUGGUGUCAAAAAACCGCAUUAUGAUAUCUGGGGCAACUCGGUCAAUGUUGCUAGCAGAAUGGAUAGUUCUGGUGUGGCGGGUAAAAUACAAAUAACAGAAGAAACGAAAAAUAUCUUGGAAAAAGAAGGGUUUGAAUUUGAAUGUCGUGGCAUAAUCAAUGUAAAGGGUAAAGGUGAUAUGAAGACGUACUUUAUCAAAGUAUCAGAAGAAGACUUAAAUCUUAAUUUUAGUAAGAUUUGAAAUUUUGAUUUUUCGACUACAAAUCCUAUUUGGAUUUCGGUUCCAUUACUAUUAUUAUAUAUUAAGGAAGCACUAUUUUGUACAUUCUUCUUUUCUCUUUUUUGUAAAAUGCAUUCAUG